UGACAACCGUACCGCUGCGCCGCGGAAAUCGGAAAAGUCGUUACUGGAAGCAAAGCAAAACAAAUUCGCGCGCUGUUUUCGGUUCGCAUCACUUGAAAUCGAAAAGGCAAAUCAAAUUUCCUGGCUGUCGGACGUGUGCUCUUCGAAAAACUCGGGGAAUCUGAUUUUGUGUUAAAUGCGCGAAUCGAAAAGCGUGUCAAGUGUUCUUGUGCGUGUUUUCUGGCUUCCAGUUUGGCGAUUUUUAGAGAGCCAUAGUUACAGUUUAAAAAAUUAAAACGACCCGGAAUCGCAGGAAUUCGGAAAACGCAUAAAAGAGCAGCAAAUUUUCGUCUUCCUCAAAACAACGACGACGACGACGGCGAAAAGGCUAAAGAAAAGUGCGCAAAUACAUACGAAAGAAAGGCGAGGAAAAUACGGAAGCGAGGCAAUAAAAAGAUCGACGAAAACGCAAUUGUUAUAUAUAAUAUAUUCUCGUCUUUUGUGCAAGAAAUCGACCACACGUCAAAAAAUAAAUUACUUGAAGUAAAAAAUAAAGGAAAAGAACAACCAGCCAGCAGCAGCAGCAACAAGAACAACAACAAAAGCAUCCUCAAGAAUCUCGCUCUGCUGCUCUUCACAUCGCUCUCUGGCUGCGCUCACUCUCGCUCUCUCUCUUUCUCUCUCUCUUGGCGAAGGCGGAGAAAGAAGGAAAGGAAACAACAAAAUAAAUCUUCUUUGCUGCCCAAACAAUAAAAGGAAUAAAUAAAUUCUUAGCGAGAGCGCAUUCUGCGGCAUUUAUGCAAACAGAUUAAUCGACAAAAUGGAUUAUAAAUUCAUUGUUUUCAACGCUGCGCGGGACAAUAAUUUGCCCCAAUUGAAGGCCACACUAUGCAACAAAAGUGCCAGCGAAGUGGGCAGCCUGAUCUCGGCAAAAGUGAACGGAGCCACCCCGUUGGUCAUCUCAUGCCGCAACGGACAUUACGACAUUGUAGAAUACCUAUUGACAAAGUGUCGGGCCAAUGUGGAACAAGUGGGUUCGGUCAGCUUUGAUGGUGAGCCCAUCGAGGAUGCCCCACCGCUGUGGUGCGCAGCGGCCACCGGUCACCUGGGCAUCGUCAAGAUGCUCGUCCGCCGGGGGGCGAAUGUGAACAGCACCACGAGGACGAAUUCCACACCACUGAGAGCCGCCUGCUUUGACGGACAUUACGAGAUUGUUAAAUAUCUGGUGCAUCAUGGAGCGGACUUUGAGGUGGCGAAUCGACACGGACACACCUGCCUGAUGAUCGCCUGCUACAAGGGUCAUUUCCGCAUCGCUCAGUAUCUGCUCUCCCUAAAUGCGGAUGUCAAUCGGUGCAGCGUCAAGGGAAAUACUGCGUUGCACGAUUGCGCAGAAUCGGGAUCCCUACGAAUACUGCAGCUGCUCCUUAAACACGGCGCCACCAUGGAUGUGGACUACUAUGGAAUGACGCCGCUGCUGGCGGCCAGUGUCACCGGUCACAUGCCCAUUGUGGAGCACUUAAUCACACUGCCCUGUGUGAGCAGGGAGUCUAGGAUUCAUGCUCUGGAGCUGCUAGGUGCCACGUAUGUGGACAGGAAGCGGGAUUUGGCUGCGGCACUAACACUGUGGCGUCGAGCCCUCGAAGAGCGAGCUGUGGAACCGCCGCUCUUGAAGAAGGUGCAGGAGGCAGUGCCAGCAUACGAGAUGGUGCGAGAGGUGACCACUGUGGAGGAGCUGGAGGAAAUGGUUCUUGACCCGGACGAGAUGCGGAUGCAGGCAUUGGUUAUAAGACAGCGAAUCCUUGGACCCACGCAUCCGGACACCAGUUACUACAUCCGUUACAGGGGUGCCAGCUAUGCGGACGCUGGACGCUUUGACCGCUGCAUUGAGCUCUGGUCUUAUGCCCUGACCAUGCAGCAGAAGAUCCUCCAGCCGCUCAGUCCGAUGACGCAAUCUUCCCUGCUGUCCUUCGCCGAACUCUUUAGCUUCAUGCUGGUCGAGGCCGGCCGCCCGCUGCCCAGGGGUCGAGUUGUUCCGCCCAUCGAGGCGGACGGUAUGCUGACGAUCUUCUACAAGGCAGUGAAGGAAGUGGAGCGAGGUCAGGCCUUCACGCUGGAGCAGCAAAAGGAUCAGCACCAACCGCAGAAGCAGCUGCCCACCGCUGACAAGUCGCCAUCAUGCUCGGCAUCAUCUUCCUCCUCCUCAUCAUCCACCUCUUCGACGACGUUGCUUUCAGCGCAUCAGCACGAUUGCAAUCGUGAUCCAAAUGCCCUGAGUUGCACCAUGAUAAGUGCCAUUCACAUAGGCUGUCUGCUGAGCUCGCUGCUGGACACCGAGACCCUGACCCCGGAGAUGCGUCAACAAGUGAUGAGAGCCCUUUACCGCCUGAAUCGCUUGAAGGUGCGCGUUCGGUUUGACCGAACGGCCCUGCACUAUGCCUGCUAUCGGGAGGGCACGCUGGCCGGCCGCUAUCCCUCCUGUCAGUUUCCAUCAGUGACGCUGGCGAAGGCCCUGCUGGAAGUGGGAGCAGAUCCGAAUGCCAUCGAUGAUGCGGGCAAUACCCCCCUGCAUCUGGCCACCAUGCAGCCCUAUGUGGAGCCCCUGUCUCACAUUCUCCUAGAAGGCGGAGCGCAUUUGGACACCAAAAACCAUGCGGGCGAGACAUUUGAGAGUCUGCUGGCUCCCACGCCGAUGCAUAAGGUCAUCGAUCCUAUGAAGUAUACGACGCUGGCGUGCCUGGCAGCAAGGACGAUCAAGAAACAUGACAUACGCUAUGAGGACACGGUGCCGGCAACGCUGUUCGAGUUCAUCGAGCUACACUAGAGGCCAGGAUCGGGAACGAGGACUGAACGAGAGUCAAGCACUCAAUUCAUUUAAUCGCUCAAUCGCCUGCCCGCCCGCCAUCCAUUAAAUAAUACCUAAAGUAAUACUAAACGACUACCGUCUACACACACUGUAUAUUUAGAGAUGGAGAGAGAGUUCGAAACUAUGCUGAAUGGAAGUGGAAACGGACUGGAAACUGAUUUGUGAUGUUAGCAAGCGAAGUGCCUGGGGAAUCGAUGGACAACCGAUCAGGCUGAUGAAACGACGAUGAGCGUCAAAACCACUAACAACGAUAACAAAACAGAAGCCACUACAAUGAAGCAAACAAACAGCAACAAAACGAAGGAAUAAUGCAAUGAAAACUUCUAGAAGAGAUAACCUACUGUCUUUGAAUUUUGCUUUGCUUUGCAAAAAAUGUGUUGCAAACUUUGUUUUUGUAAUUAUGUGUUCUUGCUACUUUGCUAUUUUAUAUAUGAAUUAUAAUUAAAACUGAAUGUACAUGUAAUAUAUAUAUAUAUAUAAAUGACCCAAAGCCUGGGCGUGAUCGAGCAGCUUAAUAUUAAUUAACCGGCGCACAAGGCCGGCAACUCCUCAAAGCUGCAGCGAUCACGCCCAAGCCGAGGAAAACCAAAAUAAUAACUUAAAAAACAAAAAACAUAAAUACCGGCCACCAACCUCUCACAGACACACACACACACACAAGUGAUGCGUUUUGUUUAUAAACGAGAAAACUAAGUUUUGGAAAUAUACAAAAUGUAAUUAACAAAAAAUUAA